UGCGGAGACGAAGAAGCCGAACCUCGGUGACUUUUUGUUCAAUGUAAGGAGUCCCAUGCUGAUGCAAACGUGUUUAAACUCCCGGUAGACACCAAACCACCGGUAGCAGACACACUGUUCUGCCUAGAAACAGUUGACACCGACGACAACGCGAAUGGACACAUCCAGGGAGACGGAACUGCUACUUUGUUUGACAUGUUUGACGGGCUGCUCACUGGCACUUCUCUGUCCGCUGCAAUGGAGAACUGGGUUAGUUGAGUGUGCGUGUGCGUGUGCGUGUGUGUGUGUGUGUGCGUGUCGGCCAGGAGGUAUUUCCUCUUCAGGGCUGGUGCUAAAACACAACCUGCUGGUUUUAGCCCUCUUUCAGUGCCAGGUGUUUUAUUUCAGUGCCUCUGUGUUUGGCAGAAAUAUCAUCUGCAUGUUUAUGUCAACAACUGUCAGCUAAUACACGUCUGUCACGAUGGACUUGUGAAACACAGGGGUAAUAUAAUAACAUCAAGAAUGGCGCUGCUUUCCAUUUAGGUUUGCCAGUUAAGGGGACGGAGGGCUGCUGGCAGACUGGCUGCUGACUUAAUGGAUCACAGUUAUUUUGUCGUGCUACAGAUCAGAAUUGGACUGAGUUCAGUCCGAUGAAUGACUCACAGUCUGAACUCGUGACGACUGGAGAAAUAUGUAAAUGUGAGACUUGUUGUUCCUGUCAGUUGACAUGAUGGACUGUCGGGAACAGUAACCUGUUAAAGUAUCGUUCUUUAACAUCUGUCACUCUAUUGUAAGUCAGUACUUUUGUCGGCAUCCUGUUGGAAUGAUGGCUUUGUUUUUCCAGUGAUCUGAUUGGUCAGGAGUCGUGAUGGCAAGUGCAACUUAGCCGCGCAGAGUAGGCUAUCGUGGUGAUCUGGCCCAGUUAAAAGUGAGCCAGCCUUGUGUGGUAUCAGGCCUCAGGUGAUGUUAGUGAGACCUGUUGUUUGCCUGUUUGUUGCCUCUCUGGAUGAAUAAUUCACACGUUAAAUACACCUCCACUCUGCAUCUCUCAGGUUAGCUCUCACAGAAACAAACCUCUGUUUUGAGAUCUGUCCUCGCUCGGAGAGAAGUGAAUUAGUGUACGUAGAUGUUGACGUCACAGUCAGAUUGAUUGUUCUCACUGCUGAUUUAUGUUAUUUUCUCUGUGGCGUUGACCUUUUUGCAUGAAUGAAUGAAUUAUUGAACAAGAAGGCAGUCAGCAGAGUGCCUAAUAAUUAGCAUUAUUAUGUAUUCUAUGAUAUUUACAGCAAGAAAACUAAAGUAUGACGACAAGGCAAAGAACGUGAAUGACGAUAAACUUGUACUCCAUUAAGCUUUGUGCUGUUGAUUAAUAGAAACCAUGAGAUCCGAGCCUCACGUGAGGGAUACAAUCAGCGUUGAGCCGCGGCGUGAACACAGCGACACGUGAUUCACCUCCGAUGUCAGACUCAAAGUGUGUGUGUGUGUUUGUGUGUGGGGGGGUCUCCGUCACGAGAGUAAAAGGGACCCACAAAAGAGCGGUUGUUGUGGACGAGUGAAGUCACUUUAGAAGUCGUCCUGUUUAUUACAGGCAGUCAAUGGGUCUCUGUCCUCCUGCAGUUCACUGGCCGUAUUCAUGGCCACUGAAAAUAAGCUGUGGUCGUGACGGAGGGGUGAGGCCCUCUUUUCAUGGUACGUGGACCUAUAAAUGUCUUUCACCCACGAAACACAACAGAUUUCCAACAGGGCUGCAGGGUCCCCCCCCCCCCCCCCCAGCAGAGUUUUCUUUCACUCAUUUGGAACUGAGUAUUGAUUUAGCUGUUUGCCUCAAAUGUUCCCAACUCUAAUGCUCAUAAGUUUGCACUGACUUCUUCAAAUGUUGUCCAACCAACAGUCAAAAAACCCAAAGAUAUUGUGAUCACUUCAAAGAAACCAGGUAAUGUUUCUGACUAAAUGAUCUAAAUAGUUUCCUGUGUUGAGGCGUCGACUAAUCCUUUCAGCUGUAAAUCAAACAUAUGAUGUAAUCAAUCAAUCAAUCAAUCAUUGGAGCGCCUCAGGAGAGCCGAUCGUCCCCUUAUUGCUGCAUUGGUGGUUCAUAUGAAGAAGCCUUGUUAAAGCAGGUGGCAGCUCUGUUUCUCAGCACAUGGUAGCACAGGAUAAUGAUUAUCAUCAUCAUACCACAUCCUAACCUCUGAUAUUAUUGGAUGUUAGCAUCUCUUCAUGCUGUUUCUGUUUCCUGUCAUUUGGCUCUUGUGAUUUUAUCUCCAGGAAACCUGCUUCUGAUUUCAGACUGGUAGCUGAGUGUUUUUAAUCAUAUUAACUCAUGAUGAAUGUAAAUUCAAUUGUGUUUUACUCCUACUGACAGGCAGCAAGAGAUCCUUACUGCUCUGAUGCUUUUAUUGGGCCGAUGAACCUUUAAAGUAACACAGAGCUUGUAAGCAUUUGGCUGUGUGGAACUGUUCUUUGAUUGUGAGAUAUAGAUAGAUAGAAGACGGAGCUGCUUGGUAAUUGGCUAAAAAAAGUCAGUUUUACAGCAACUUUACAGAAAUAUCAUCAUAAUCAAAAGAUCAACAAGAGGUACAGUUGCUUUAACACUGUGGCUCUUCAACAUCGUAUCGAGAUCCAACAUCUGUAAACUCCUGGAUUUUCAUAAGUAACACAAUCGGUCACUAAAACAAUAAAGAUGCUACAUCGAUGACGGAGAUAUCACACGGGGUCUCAUUGUGGUUUAUCUAACAAGUUUCUUGUUUUGAACAAACCCUAAAAUCACAUAAGUGCGGAAUUCGCAGGUUUGUGCUGACGUUGUGUCCUCUUCGGCCUUCUGACAUCAGAGUUUGUGCUUCUAAAUCCUCUCUUCUGGGUUGAUCACGUUAUCACCAUGUGUUCCCGUAGUCCGUCCGGUCCAUUCUCGUGAACGUGAUACCUCAGGAACGGGGAAUUUCUACAAAUUUCAAAUGUCGACUUCGGCUCAAAGAUAAACUGAUUUAGAAUCUGUUUUUUGGCCAUAAUACAAUAAUGAAUAUGCUAAUUAUGACACACAAAUGUCCAAUAGAAUAAAAUGAUGAAGCGAUGACAUUUGAGGAAAGACGUGGAUGCGAGGCGGUGAUUCUGGUUUCAUGGUACAAAGGAUUAUAACAUCAGCUCCAGCGUGCCGCUGAGUGUGUCACCCCGUCACGGACGCACACCUAACAACCCCACCCAGUGUACGGCGGUGAAUUCACACAUUGUCUGCCCCGGUUGCCCCCGGCCCCCACUACAAAGACAGUGUGGGUGUUUUGUCAGUAAUGAAUGGUGUUGUGUUGAAGCCUUUGAGAGUGUUUGUCUGAAUGAAUGUCUGAAGAGGGUUUUAAAUGAAACAUCCAAAGGUAUGCUUUCUCUGAAAAACGAAACUUCUACUUUAUCUUAAAGGUUCUUCUUUUGUGUCUGCAGGUGAUGUGUGUACCGGUCCUGAUGGAGACGCUCUAAGGGUGACAGUAAAAGCCCCCCCCCUCCCCCCCCUGAAGUCUGCCCAGAUGUUUUCUCUCGGUCAGGAAAACAUCUCCACCUCCCCUGCUUCCACCAAAGGGCCAGUGAAAUAUGGAGAGCUCAUUGUGCUCGGGUGCAACGGCUCCCUGCCCACCGGCGACAAGGGGAGGAGGAAAAGUCGCUUCGCUCUGUGUCGCAGGAACAAGGCCAACGGUGUGAAGCCGAGCACCGUCCACUCGUCCGGCACACCGCAGGCUGCCAAGGCUGUAAGCAACAAGGAGCAGCACAGUAUUUCAUACACUCUGUCCCGGGCACAGACGGUGGUGGUGGAGUACACACAAGACAGCAACACAGACAUGUUCCAGAUUGGUCGUUCCACAGAGACUCCCAUUGACUUUGUGGUGACCGACACGCUGCCCGGUGGCCACGGCCCUGCCGACGGUCAAACGGUUCAGAGCACCAUCUCCCGCUUCGCCUGCCGCAUCAUCUGCCAAAGAAACCUUCCUUACGCCGCGCGGAUCUACGCCGCAGGCUUCGACUCCUCCAAGAACAUCUUCCUCGGGGAGAAAGCAGCCAAGUGGAGGAUGCAGGACGGUCAGAUGGACGGACUGACCACCAACGGCGUUCUGGUGAUGCACCCGCGCCACGGCUUCAGCCAGGGCUCUAAACCUGGUCUGUGGAGGGAGAUGUCCGUCUGCGGCAACGUCUUCACGCUGCGGGAAACCAGAUCAUCUCAGCAGAGGGGAAAGAUGGUGGACCCCGAGUCUAACGAGCUGGUGGACGGGUCCCUCGUCGACCUCUGCGGUGCCACGCUGCUGUGGCGGACGGCCGAGGGCCUGGCGCACACGCCCACCUUCAAACACCUGGAGGCUCUGCGGCAGGAGCUGAACGCCGGGCGGCCGCAGUGUCCCGUGGGGCUCAACACGCUGGCCUUCCCCAGCCUCCGCCGCAAAGACGUCGUGGACGAGAGGCAGCCCUGGGCCUACCUGCGCUGCGGCCACGUGCACGGCUACCACGGCUGGGGGGGCCGCCGCGACCCCGAGGUGGAGGCGGAGUGUCAGGAGAGAGAGUGCCCCAUGUGCCGGACGCGGGGCCCCUACAAGCCGCUGUGGCUGGGCUGCGAGGCGGGCUUCUACGUGGACGCGGAGCCCCCCACCCACGCCUUCGUCCCCUGCGGUCACGUCUGCUCGGAGAAGACGACGGCGUACUGGAGUCAGAUCCUGCUGCCGCACGGCACGCACACCUUCCACGCCGCCUGCCCGUUCUGCAUCGAGCCGCUGGUCGGAGAGUCCUGCUGCAUCAGACUCAUCUUCCAAAGCCCGCUGGACUAGAAACCACCCAGACUGUCUCAAGCCUUAAAACAGCAUUAGGGUGGACAGAACUAUAUGCUUUGAGGGUUUUUUUUCAUAACUUAAUUUUUUCUAACUUAAUUUUGACCAAUAUAAAUGUAUUGUGUUGCCCUUGUUAUGAAUAUCAUAAAUGAUUCAGGCAGUGUUUGUCCCUGUACACAGCUGCCAGAUGUUUGAUUUGCCUUACACUUUUUAUAUUUUGUAUUUAUUCCUUUACCUCUUCAGUAACAAUGAGUCAAUUCUGUGAAUCAAUGCAGAAUUCAACAGCUGAUCACUGUCUCACCCUGCCUUAAUAAAGAGCCGUCAACACUGAGACAUGCUCACCAGUUUGGUUUGAGUCCAGUGUUUCAGCGUCUCGCUGUGAUCCACUUCCUGUUUUUAUGCAGGAGCUUCUCAUGAUCCAUAACAUAUUUCUGUAUUUGAUCCUUUUCUCUAAAGUGACCUUCCUCUGUAACGCUGUUGCCUCUUUGAAUGCAGAAUAACUGUAUCUUUUUAUCUUAACAAGCUUUUAUCAUGACUUUACAAAAAUAUAUUCUUUGGGAAACAUUUUAA